AUGGCACCUCAGUCAUGGUUCCGUGGUCCCGUCUGUGGCGUGGACAACUGUCGCUCGCGACUAUAUCGGUCCAGUGACGGUUUAACUAUCUGUCAAUUUGGUCAUGUGAUGGAAGGAAAUAUUGAGAUCAACGAUGAUCAAGAUCAAGUUACAGUUACAACAAGAAGAUUGAACGUUGUUAAUGUUGACGAAAGAGGUGGGUAUACCAGUUCACCUGUUGUUAACUCACAGAAAGCGAUUUCUAAGAAAAGCACUAGACUUUACGGCUCAGAGGCCAGAGAGUUAUAUUUCAAAUGUUUGCAAAUGCUUCUCAAGAAGCAAUGCGAAAUUUUCAUGACUUUAUUCUUCUCGGAAUCUAUGAGAGACGAUUUGUUUCAAUUGGUCAAAACCAAUUGGGUUAAAUGUCUAGGAAUUACUGAGAAGGAAGAGCAGGUCGAAUCGAAGUACUAUACUGUGAAUACUUUGGACUUGAUAUCUUUGAUCUAUAUAUCUGCCCUACAGCUACGAUUUCAACUGAUUUAUAUUAAUGACAUCGUUAAACAUAUAAAAUCCAAUGAGAUCCCUUAUGUCAGAACUCUCCAUAUUUUGCCCAAAAGUACUUUGGAUAAAUUGCCCAUGCCCUAUCAUCACAUGUUGCAGCCCCUUCGUUUGCCACUGCAGUUGGAUUUGUAUCAUUGCAUCCGUAUAAAUGGUUUGCGUUUAAAAGUAGGAAAAUUGGAUAUGCCACUCAAUUACUAUUAUCCAUUUGCAUUUAAGGUGUUUUCAGAUAUUUUUCUUUUUCCAAAUGCCAUUGACUUGUUCAACGUCUUCACCAACUUAAUGGAAGCAAUUCUGUUGACCGAAUUGCUGUUUUCAUUUACCUACAAGACAACUGUAUUAGGUGUAAUAGGUUUCCCUGAGAUUCAGAUUUUGGGGGCUAUAGUCUUUGUUAUCAAGCUCACAUUCGUAAGCAAUCCUUUUAAGUACAUGCUUCACCCAAAAGUUUGGCUUGAUAGACUCGGCAAAUUCGAGAUGAAUAACGAAUACUCCUACAUUAAAUCCGACAACAGCGACCUUCUCGAUUGGUCAGACGAUAAGAUCGAGAAGUAUUGUGAUUGGAUAUACGACCACAUCAUUCCAAAAAAGAAUAAAACCUACAAUUUAGAUGGGGAUCACGAAGACUAUCUAUUGACUACGAUGGAAAAAAGGCUUUUCCAAAUAUUUAAUGUAGAU